GACACUAAGCUAGUGCGCGCAUAGUAAGUCUUGUAGUCAUUAGUCAAGUUGAAUCGGCCCACAACGGGUAGGGAUUUGUUUUGCAAGUUGAAUUAGUACUACUCUUUCCUGCCUCCUGUAAGCUCCUGGCUAGCAUUGUCAUCUAUGUCGAUAUCUCGAUCGCCAAGCUUUAGAAAGCUUCAAGAUUGAGUCCGAGUUAAUUAUGGCCGACCCCGAGAUAAUAACUUCAGCCAUAGACAAAGAGAAAGAUGCAAGCAAUAUCGAAUCAAAUGCAGGGACCGGAACAAGAAACACCCGUACUACUACAGAUGCAGCACAAGGAUCAAGCAGCGCGAAAUGGCUAACGAUGAAGGAACUUGUUGAUCCUAAGGGGCCAUUCAUUCGAAAGUGGAAUGUCAUUUUUAUAGCAUCAUGUGUGUUUGCUGUUCUGCUGGAUCCUUUGUUCCUUUACAUCCCUAUAAUUAACGAGGACAUGAAGUGUCUGAGGUUGGACAACAACUUGAAGAUAGCAGCUCUUUUACUGAGAUCGUUGACAGAUAUAUGUUAUUUGUUGAACAUCUUUUUACAAGUAUAUAGCUAUAAGAACUGUUCAGCUGUACGUUCGGAAAGUUUCUCCAGUAAUAUUAAUACAGCAAAAGAAGUGCUGAUUGAUAUUCUGGCUGUUCUUCCCAUUCCACAGAUAAUCGGAGCAUUUUGGUACUUCUUUGCUGUUGAACGAGUCACAACUUGCUGGCGGUAUGGUUGUCGAAUUGAAAAUGGAUGCGACCCUAAUAACUUGGACUGUCGUGAUCACCAUACGCUGAGAAAUAUCGCAUUUCUAGAUGAGGCUUGCUCUAGACAUUCCCCUAAUGGAAAGUUCUUUGAUUUUGGCAUAUAUGUCAGUAUCCUUCAGCUUGGUAUACUAGCUUCAACUAAUUAUUCAGAGAAGCUCUCAAAUUGUUUUUGGUGGGGUUUGCGAAAUUUGAGAAAACCAUAUAUCAUGAAAAGGGUCCAAGUAGAGCUAGAAGAAGAAAGAGAUGUUGAUACAGAGAAUAUCUUCUCUAUUCUUCCAUUGGCACAUCAGAAGGAGAUGAGAAGCUGUAUGCCGUUGAAUAGGCUAAAGAGGAUGCCAUUGCUUCAAAAUAUGGAUGAAAAAGUAUUGAGAGAAAUCUCUGUCCAUCUUAACCCCGAGAAGUACAAUAAGAAUGAUAUCAUUAUCCAAGAGGAUAAACCACUAGAAAAGAUGAUCUUCAUCGUGGACGGAUUUGUAAAAAUUGAAAUGAAAGAUUAUUCGGGUGAUCCCUUGGAACUAGGUGCAGGGCAAGUAUACGGUGAAAAACUUCUAACUUGGCCAGCAUGGACAUCCUUUCCAGGCAGAUCAAAUGAAUCCGUCAGAGCCUUCACUGAAACUGUUGAGGUCCUUGUUCUUACGGCAAGUGACAUGGAGACUGUAGGCUCUAAAUUCAGGCAACAUUUUCGCAAGAGGAACCCCCCUCUAAAGGAGGCUAAGUGGGAGCUUUUGACCAGUGACCUGGUACCAAUAUUCCAAAGAAUGGACAGUCAAGUGUUGAAAGAGAUCUCUAGACAUCUCUCCAAGUCCAACUAUAGCAGUGACAGUUAUAUUAUACAAGAGACUCAUCCACUUGAUAAAAUGUUCUUCUUAGUAGAGGGGAGUAGUUUGUCGAUUGAAAGUUCUCGACCUUGUACAAGGGAGUCACUUGGCGUAAGAGAUUUUUAUGGAGAGGAACUUGUACAUUGGGUUAUAAACUGGUCAUCAUCACAGACCUCCUUUCCUGCCAAUGUACCCUUGUCAACCUGUAGCGUAAAGGUCCCCGCCAACACCGUCAUUGUUGAGGUUCGUGAACUCAGAGUCCAUGACUUGAGAAACAUAUUCUCUAAUAAUUCCAUGACGCAGUUCAUGAAGCUGCCUGCCAAUCUCCCAAUGGAUGUUCAGGACAAGCUAUCCCCAUUUGAUCCGUUGAUCACUUGGCUGAAGCAGGUGCCGAAUCUUCAAAAUGUGGACGAAGAAGGGUUGAAAGAAAUUUGCGAGAAGUUUAAGCUGAUGAAAUACAAUGACAAGUCGCGGGAUAUUAUUACCAGUGGGGAGAACAAAUUUGAUAAGAUGUUUCUCAUUGUGAGUGGACUGUUACGCAUCAGAAAGAUCAAGUGCGAUGACCACUUCUGUUAUUCAGGACAGCACUAUGGAGAUCAUGAACUUUUUGAAUGGUUGUCACGAACCUCCUUGACGGGGGAGUAUACAUUACCCAAAUCGGACGUAACCGUUGAGGCUGUGGGGGAUGUUGAAGCUCUAGUUCUCAUGGCCGAUGACUUGGUGAAUGUGGCCUCUAAAUUCAACUUGCAGGUGGGCAAAAAGACGGGUCAGAGUCAGACGGAUCUGGAUAGAAAACCACCUCUCAAAAAACCAACUUUGGUAUCAAACAAGAAACUCAAACCUCCCAAGAGAAGAGCGGCAAUAAAACGUCAAAUUAUGGAAAAGUUAAUUCAUGAAGUGAGUAUGGCCUUUAAAGAGCAGGGCAUGAUAGCAGAGGUGGAGGUCCAAGAGUUAAACGAUGAACUGGAGUACUCCAAUAAUACCAUCUCCUCAAGAGUUCGUACACCAUUCCUUUAUCAGCAUCAUGUUGCUGAUAGAUUCACAGUUUGA